AUGUAAACGAUGACAUUAUAGAUGGCAUAGUAAUACUGUGUGAUAAUAUAAACAAAUAAAUAAAUACAGAGAACUGAUGUGCUGUAACUGAAGCUCUCCUGAACUAUGGAGCCGAGGGACGCGGAGGGGAAGAGGCGGCUUCUACCCGGGUGGAUGGUGAGAUGGAGUGGAGAGAAAAAGGUGGAUCGACCUACAGAAGGUUCUGCAAAGAUAACAACUUCCGCGAAGAGAGGGGAAAGGAAAACCGUGGAGAGUAUAGUCACAGUUUACUGCAUGAACGAGGCAGAGUUGGUGAAUGCAGCAUUUGAUCUCCUUGCAACGGGAUCAAGUGAGUCGAAACAUCCAGGCUUUGGGGUGACAACAGGAGAUUCAAUAAGAGAAAAGAAUAUGUGGAUCUCUGAAUCUGAACUUGAAGAUGGAGACACAGAUUCAGAACCAAUUCAGAAAACUUGUAUCUCUGAAUCCAAUCUAGUGGUUGACAAUACCAGUCCAGCUCAUCAUACCAAACAGAAGCGAGUGGAUAGCACAGUGCCAAAGAGAAAGGACAUUACACAGGUUUCUGAAUUGAAUGCAUGUGAAAGAACAGUUGAACAGGCCCAUGUUGAUAGGACAGACCCAGGGGAUGCAGAAGAUGAUGCUUUCAAACUUGUGCGAGAAAUUUUCUUCACUUCUUAAUGUUUUAAGUCAAGAAAACAACAGAACAAACAGCAGGUAAUCAAAGUGAGAUGCAUAAGAUAUUGCACUGAUAUGUUUCUAUGGUACAUUAGAGCCUCUAUUGGGUUGAAUUUAAUACUGAAAUACUACUUAUUUAAAAGUAACCAGUGGUAACUGUGCGGUAGUACUAUAGUCGGGUUACUACUGAAAGGUGCAGUAGCAUUUGUAGUGUAAUGAGUAGUAAAUAAGUUGCCUUGUUAUUACACAAAAACUAUUAUAGUAGCUGUUUUGUAGUAACAUGACAACUUAUUUAUGACGCAGUUCAAAUAGUAAAACACAAUACACAGUCACUUUCGGUUCUAAGAUAGUGUAUUCAUAGUGUUAAUGUAGUGUAUUAACACUGGUUUGAGUAAUGGUGUAAUGAGGGCCUCAUUAAAAUGAUGCAUUCAGGACAAGAGCCAAUUAAGUGACAACCUAGCAUAGGUGAAGCUAACAGUGAGGAGGGAAAUAUUAUGUACUAUGAAAUAAUGUAUAUCAACAUACAGUAUUUAAAAUAAUAUGUGGUAAAUGUGUAGUAGUAUUGGGUAUUUUCUUUUUUUUUUUUUUUUUUUUUUUUCUAUAAGGACUUUCUCUAAUUGGAGUCCGGCUUUAUUUUGGAGUUGGGAGAAAAGGUUUUACUGCUUGAAUUUCGUAUGGGUUACCUACCAACCCUGGUAAAUGUAAUUUCUUUUAUAUAGGACUAUUUCAGUUACUUAGUAACUCUGUGCUAAUAAAUUAAUGUCAAAAACAUGA